AUGGCACCAUCAGCCAUCACUACCUAUGAAGAGAUUUACGACUUGGAACAUUAUUCCAACACUCUGAAGUUAGUUACCGAAAACAAUGGCGGGAAAUACAACAAAAUUGAAAGCUUGACCUCAAAGGAAUCUGUUCUCGAUGUAUUCAAAAAGAGGAUUGCAGAGAUCAAUGUGGACUCUUGCCAACCGGGUGAGGAGGAUGCCUUCUACGUGGCGGAUCUGGGAGAAGUCUACCGACAGCAUCUCCGCUGGAAGAUGAAUCUGGCAAGGGUCAAGCCUUUCUAUGCUGUCAAAUGCAACCCUGAUGACGAAGUUCUCCGCUUGCUUGCCAAGCUGGGUACAGGUUUUGACUGCGCCUCUCAGGCCGAAAUCGAGCAGGUACUCAAACUGGGUGUCGAUCCCGCGCGUAUAAUCUACGCCCAACCUUGCAAGACCAAAUCAUACAUUCGUUACGCUGCCAAAGUGGGCGUCAAACAGAUGACAUUCGACAACGCGGACGAAUUGCUCAAGAUCAAACAGUUCUUCCCGGAUGCAGAGCUCGUCUUGCGUAUCCUGACCGACGAUUCUGCGAGCCUGUGCCGGUUGAGUGCAAAGUUUGGAGCCAGUCUUGAUAAAACACAAGAGCUUUUGGACCUAGCCAAGAACUUGGGUCUCAACGUGACUGGUGUCAGUUUUCAUGUUGGUUCAGGGGCCAGUGAUCCCGCAUCUUUCACGAAGGCUGUGCAGGAUGCUCGUGUUGUCUUUGAUCAGGCCACGUCUGCUGGCUUCAACUUGCAGAUGCUCGACGUUGGUGGCGGAUUUGUGGACGGAAGUUUCGAAACCUUUGCCAGCGCUCUCACAGGAGCUCUAGAGGAGCAUUUCCCGCCUCACAUUCGGGUCAUCGCUGAGCCUGGAAGAUACUAUGUGGCAAAUGCUUUCACCAUGGCAGCCAACGUCAUUGCCCGCCGAGAUGUCCAAGAUGGGUUGACUGGAGAGCGGGCUUACAUGCUCUAUCUCAAUGAUGGAGUUUACGGAAAUUUCUCCAACAUCAUUUUCGAUCAUCAACAUCCGUCAGCCCAAAUCUUGGAUUGCCGUGAUCCAUACCAGAUUCCAACCGACUACUCCAUCUGGGGGCCUACUUGCGAUGGCAUCGAUGUCAUCACAGAACGCUGCACACUGCCGGGCGUUCUGAAUGUUGGUGACUGGCUGUUCUUCGACGAGAUGGGCGCCUACACCAGAUGCUCUGCCACUCGCUUCAAUGGCUUCACAAACAAGCACAAGGUCAUUUAUGUGUCCAGUGAGCCUGGAGCCCUGGCACUCCUGAAAAAUGAAUUUGGCGAUCUUGCCGUCGACUCUCAACUAGCCGCUUCCCAGGCCAUCUCUGGUGUCAAAGAACUACUCAAUGGCUGCAUAUGUUGCAAUCUCGUGGGGCAGUUAUCGGAUGCCUUGCUUCAACUACGAUCCGAAGUCAUCCCUGAUAGGAUUUUAAUCGAAACUUCUGGGUCCGCCUUUCCCGCUACUUUAGCCAUGGAGGUCAACCGAUUGGCACGGGAACAUGAUGGAGCUUUCGUGCUUGACGGCGUCAUUAGUGUCAUUGAUGUUGAAAACUGGAAGGGCUAUGAGGACACAAGCUACACUGCCAGACUACAGGCCAAGUAUACUGAUCUCAUUGUAUUCAACAAGUGGGAACAUGUCGAUGAGAGGCGUUUCGAGGAAUGUCUGGAUCGACUUGGAGACCUGGAACUACAAUUUGCCUGGGUCAAGAGCACAAGGGGCUGGGUGGAUCAGGCAGUUCUCAUGGGUAUCGACGGUGCGUUGAUUGCCAAAGGAGGAGUCUCAACUGCAACGGAGCUCAACAACAGUACCAACGAACACCAAGCUCAUGGGCAUGAUCACCAGGAAGAGGUCGAAGUCUUAUCGGUAGUACUCAAUCCUACCUACGAAGGAGAUGCCACUGUAGACUUGGACGCAUUCGAGGAAUUCCUCCUUGCGGCACCAAAGGACGAAAUCUACCGCAUUAAAGGCCUUAUAUUGGCUUCAAAGCCCCCAGCUGAUUCAACGGGGGAGAGAAGGCCAUCUACCAUGGCUGAAGCGGGGUUGUAUGUCCUCAACUGGGCGUUUGGACGCUGGAGUUAUACACCGCUGUCCUCACAAGAAAUGGUAGCUCUCAAGGGUGCAUCGCUCCGAUUGACUGUCAUUCUUGCAAGAGGCGAGGCAAACAAGUGGCAGAAGAAGCUUGCUGCCGGGGAUCUGGUGCAACUCGAAUCCCAUCCUGAGCAUACCAACAUAACAGUGGUGAAGACCAGUUAA